CUGUGAGAUGUCUGCUGGCCGGCCGGCUAUACUGGGGGCAGUAUGGACCGUCCUGGACCGUCCUGCCAGUCCCAAACCGAGCCCGUCCACCGGACGCCGCCGCCUAUCUGCCGGACGUGCAGUCUCGGCUCUGCGACGGCGGUCAGCCCCGCAGUUUCCCGGAGGACGGGGCGGGGUCAGGCGCGCCUAUCGGCCGGUCACAUCCUGCACAGUCGGAGCGGCCGUGCAGGGGCCGGAGCGGCCACUGGCUGACCGGGAGACACCGAGCCCGCCGCGCCCCCGUCUCCGCCGCUGUCCGAGCCGCUGGCUGCGAGCUGCAGGCCGAAUCUGACGGACUUCGUGCCAUUUUACGCUUCUCACUGUCCCUGUGUGUCCGGACCUGACGGUCCCACGGGACAGCGAUGUCCGGACAGUCCCACGGGACAGCGCUGUCCGGUCGGACAGGAGCGCGGUGGGCCGCUCUGCUGGUACUGUUAGUCACCGUGGGGACAUCCACCGCUCAAAGAGCCAGUAAGCCGACCAGCUCCCAGUGGGUGACCGGCCCGAGCCGGGACAACAAGCUCGGCCUGCUGCGCUGGCUGCUGGACGGCUGCGAGGGCGGCGACGACUGCCAGCCGCAGCCGUACCGCCACGUCGAGUACGAGGGGUACGACGGCUGGUACAAUAACUUCGCCCAUCCGCAGCUGGGAGCCUCCGAGAUGCCGCUGCUGAGGAAGCUGCCCCCGGCAUACGGCGACGGGACGUACGAACCAUCCGGCGCACUGCGUCCCAACCCUCUGAACAUCUCUGAACAGCUCAUGUCCGGGCCCAACGGCAACUUCUCAAAGACCGGCAAAUCGGCGCUGCUCGUCUUUUUCGGUCAGCAGGUGGUGGAGGAGAUUCUGGACGCCCAGCGGCCCGGCUGUCCGCCCGAGUAUUUCAACAUCCCGAUCCCGGAGGGUCACCGGUACCGGCGCGAGCCGGGCCACACCGAGCUGCCGUUUGUGCGCUCCCGGUACGACAUGGCCAACUCGGGCUUCUCGCCCAACGCGCCGCGACAGCAGCUGAACGAGAUCACACCGUGGCUGGACGGCGGCCUGACGUACGGCACCACCAAGGCGUGGGCGGACGUGCUGCGCUCGUUCGCCAACGGCACGCAGGCGCCGGACGGCCUGCUGGCCUGGAGUGACGAGCCGUACCGCGGCUUCCCGGAGCGGAACGCCGUGCGCCUGCCGCUGGCCAACCCGCCGCCGCCCACCCAGCACCAACAGUUCACGGCGCGACACCGCACCGCGCCCGUCAACCGCUUCUGGAUGCUGGGUAACCCGCGCGGCAACGAGAACCCGUUCCUGCUGACGUUCGGAGUGAUGUGGUACCGGUGGCACAAUCACGUGGCCGGAUACCUGGCCAGCCAGCACCCCAACUGGUCCGGCGAGCGCGUGUUCAACGAGGCGCGUAAGUGGGUGAUCGCGACCCACCAACACAUCGUGGUGAACGAGUGGCUGCCGAGCUGGCUGGGCGCGUCCCUCGACCCGUACAGAGGCUACGACGACUCUGUGGACCCGCAGAUCACGCACGUGUUCCAGUCGGCCGCCAUGCGGUUCGGCCACACCCUGGUGACCUCCGGCGUCUACCUGAGGAACUUCAGCCGCGAGGGAUGCCUGACCGAGGGGUUCGGCUUUCUCACCGGCACCGACCGACACCGGAUCAGCGGCGUGCGCACGUGCAACUCCUUCUGGAGGCCGCAGGAGCCGCUGCGGGAACAUGAUGUGGACCGAAUGCUCAUGGGAAUGGCGCUGCAGUCCACCGAGCGCGAGGACAACAUCAUCGUCAACGACCUCAGGGGCGACGUGUUCGGACCGCUGGACUUUUCCCGCCGUGACCUGAUGGCCGUGAACAUUCAGCGGGGUCGCGACCACGGCCUGCCCGACUACCUGACCGCGCGCCACGAGUUCGGACUGCCUCCGGUGGACUUUGACAACUUCACCGCCAUCACCGGCUCAGAGGUCGACCAGGAGGUGAUCAGCCGUCUGAGCGAGGUGUACAACAACUCCAUGUCGAACGUGGACAUUUGGGCGGGCGGCCUGCUGGAAACCUCGGACCGACCCGGCCAGCUCUUCUCUGCCAUCAUCCGUGACCAAUUCACGCGUAUCCGUAACGCCGACCGGUUCUGGUUCGAAAACAGACUGAACGGACGGUUUACCGACGAAGAGAUUGAGCGAAUCCGGCAGCUGACGAUUUACGACAUCAUUAUGUCUGUGACAGACAUGGAUCAAAACGACAUCCAGUCGGAUCCUUUCCGCAUUCUCAUGGCAGGCAACGAGGACCUAUCGGACAGCUGCCAGCAAGCGCUGGAGGACAGGAUGCAGAAUGCCACGUGUCGUAGCGGGCGCUCCACCGUUCCGUGUCGGUUCCUGUACCCGCUGGGCUCCUUCUCGGAGAAUGUGGAGAUCGAGGAGUGCUCCCCGGCGCGCACCUACGACUACUUCUCCGGCAGCGAGGCCUCGUUCGCGCUCACCUUCCUCGCCGCUUUCCUCGCCGUGUGUGGACUGGUCGGACUUCUGAUCAUGCUGGCUCGCAGACGACAGAGACAGAACAUGCCCAGCCGCGCCGCAAAGUCGGAGGUGGUGAAAAAUGUCGGCCAGGGCAUCGCCGUCACCGCUCAGGAGCGGGUGUCCGCCAACAAUCUGCGCUCGGUGGUGGUGCGGCUGGACAAGACGCGCCGCUCCAUCGAGAUCCGCACCAUGAAGGGCUCUCUGCUAGAGGUCUGCACCGGCCGGCUGCAGCCGCGGCUGGCUGCAGCCCCACGGCUGUGGGCCGGGGCGGCUGCAAAUAUCUCCAAGAACACGGCUACGGCUCCCACAGUUUGCCACGGCUGUGGGCGGCUGUGGCUGUGGAGCCACGGCUGCGGGGCGGCUAGGCUGUGGAAAAUUGCAGCCGUGCAGAACUCUACGUCUCUGCUGCGCUCGGUGGAGCUGCGGCACAUGGCCGAGCUGGACGUCAUCCUGCCGACAGAUGGCAGCACCGUCAUCAUCAAGGUGCCCCGCGAGUACGACCUGGUACUGGAGCUGGGCGGCCACUUUCUGAGGGACCAAUUCAUGGGUUCGCUGAACGGCUUCCUGACCGAGUGCGGCAUCCAGAAGAACGAGGUGACUGCCAAGCUGAAGCCGGCGCUGGAGCAGGUGGUCACCCAGGAGCACCGACAGCGCAACCUGGAGCGAUUCUUCCGAGUGGUGUUCGCACAGGCGUUCAACAUAAAGCUGAGCAAGGAGGAGGUACUGAACGUGAGCUCGGAGAGCGCGCGCGAGGUGGUGCACAUGGAGCUGACCCUGGCAGAGUUCGCUGACGCACUCAGCAUGUCCAGCUCGUCCAGCUUCGUCACCAAGAUGUUCGCUGUCGUGGACAUGGACAAGAACGGCUACAUCUCUUUCCGCGAGUUCCUGAACAUGAUGGUCGUUUUCGCCAAGGGCACUGCAGAGGACAAGGUGAAGCUGAUGUUCGACAUGUACGACAUCGAUCAAGUUGGCAAACUGAGUCGCAAAGACUUCAGCGAUAUGAUUCGGUCGCUGCUGGAGCUCUCCAGCGCCUCGCUGGACUCGACCAACCUGGACGAGGUGGUGAACACCAUGUUCAGCUCGGGCGGGCUGAGCGACAAAGACGAGAUCACGGCGGACGAGUUCUUGCGGCUGUUUGCUCAGCAUCAGGAGGCGCUCGGAUACGCCCAGCUGCAGGUGGCAGGAGCAUCGAUGCCCCUGCCGUCAAAAGACAAGCGCAAGUCUGGCUUCGCUCGAACCCGUGACACCGUGCUCUCCAUCUACAGUGACCUGGACAGCGGCGAGGGCGCCGCGCCGACCUCCCCCGAUGAACCAGAGGCAGAGAUAGCCGUCAUUGAGAACCAGGGCGAGCCCAGCAGGCAGCAGGCGGGUGGGGCCGGCCGUCUGGCGCGCUGGAUGGAGAUCCACCGGCUGACCGUCUUCUGGAGCACCCUGUACACGCUGGUCCUGCUGGGCAUUUUCGCCGAGCGAGCCUACUACUACUCUGUGGAGCGGGAGCACGCCGGUCUGCGCCGGAUCGCCGGCUACGGCGUGACGGUGACGCGCGGCGCCGCCUCCGCCAUGAUGUUCACGUACUCGACCCUGCUGGUGACCAUGUGCCGCAACACCAUCACCUUCUGCCGCGAGACCUUCCUGCACCGCUUCAUACCCUUCGACUCGGCCAUCUUCCUGCACAAGUACAUCGCCGCCUGGGCGCUCUUCUUCUCACUGGUGCACACGGUUGGCCACGGCAUCAACUUCUACCACAUCUCGACUCAGGCUCCUGGCGACCUCACCUGCCUCUUCCGCGACUACUUCAGAUCGACGGACGUGCUGCCCAAGUUCCACUACUGGUGCUGGGAGACCAUCACCGGCUUCACCGGCGUCCUCCUUCUGCUCAACAUGGCCGCCAUCUACGUGUUCGCCGUGCAGUACGCGAGGAGGAACGUCUACAAGGGCUUCUGGGCGACGCACAACACGUACCCGUUCUUCUACAUCCUCACGGUGCUGCACGGGUCCGGUCGGCUGGUGCAGGAGCCUUUCUUCCACUACUUCUUCCUGGGUCCGUGUGUGCUGUUUGCCCUGGACCGACUCGUCACUGCCAGCAGGAAGAAAGUCGAGAUCGCCGUCAUCAACGCAGAGCUGCUGCCCUCAGAUGUGACUGCCAUCCACAUCAAGCGUCCGUCCAACUUUGAGUACAAGUCGGGCCAGUGGGUGCGCAUCGCCUGCCCGGUGCUCAGCAGCAGUGAGUUCCACCCGUUCACCCUGAGCUCGGCGCCGCACGAGAAGAACCUCAGUCUGCACAUCCGCGCCGUCGGCCCGUGGACCCGCAACCUGCGCCGUGUCUACGACCCCACCGUCAUCCGCGACCACGCGCUGCCCAAGAUCUACCUGGACGGUCCGUACGGCGAGGGACACCAGGACUGGUACCGGUUCGAGGUGUCGGUUCUGGUCGGCGGCGGUAUCGGCAUCACACCGUUCGCCUCCAUCCUCAAAGACAUCGUCCGACGGGCCAGCGCGCCGGCCGGCAUCGCGUGCAAAAAGGUGUAUUUCCUGUGGGUGACGCGCACUCAGAAACAUUUUGAGUGGAUGGUGGACAUUAUCCGAGACGUGGAGAACAGCGACCCCAACCACCUCAUGUCCACUCACAUCUUCAUCACCCAGUUCUACUCAAAGUUCGACCUGAGAACCAUCAUGCUCUACAUUUGUGAGCGGCACUUCCAGAAGAUCAGUCGCCGCUCGCUGUUCACCGGCCUGCGCUCCAUCACGCACUUUGGGCGGCCCAACCUGCCGUCCAUUUUCCGCUCCCUGCAGCGCGCUCACCCUCAGGUGGGCAAAUUCGGGGUGUUCUCGUGCGGCCCGGCGCCCAUGACUCGUUCCGUGGAGGAGGCUGCCCAGGCGAUGAACCGCGGCAGCGGCGCCACCUUCGAGCACCACUUCGAGAACUUCUAGUGGGUGACACGACCACAAACGGAAUGACGAGAGAGCAGCAUCAGCUCCUUGAGCACUGCCAGACGUCCCAGCCAGUGACAUUGUCUUUCGGAGUCGAGAUACUGAUACCGCCGGCUGCUGGUUGACGGUUACGCCAGGCGGGGAGACCAAACUACCGAAUGACUUGCUGUUAUGCGUAAGCACGCUAGCAUUGGACAUAGCACCUUGCUGUAUGUUAUGUGUAAACUGCGCGUGCUUGAUUGUUUGCGAAUUUUUAUUAAGCGUCUCGUAUGUGUUGAAGACGUUGCGAAUGAGCCAUUCACCUUUUUGACGUCAGUUAUAUAUUCAUAGCUUGAUACGAAGUCCGACAACUUUAGAAUAUGGUUAAUCCCGAAUGCGUCUUUUCUUAGAAAAAUACAAACAUAUUUUUACCGAGAGUAAGAACAUGAGACGGCUCUCUGGAAAAGCAACCCAGGUGUAGCCGAUGUGAUGCUAGCCUUAUUAAAGUACAUCAUGCUUUGUAUAUCGCACAGUGCGCAUUUUGAUAACUUGCUUCUUUGUUUUGUUGGGUUAGGCCCUUUCGGUCGACAAGACCAUUUCAGAGCCGGUAGGAUGAUAGGAUAUAGGGGGAGACAUUGGUCUGGGCAGGCACCCUAGUGAGUCGCCGGGGCUGAGCCCGUCCGAAGACAGGCCACCCAGCCCCAAGGCACUCACUGCACCCGGCUACGGGGUGCGCUCCCUCGGGAGCAGCGGUGCCGCUCCAAGGGAGCAGCCCGCAUGAGAUAAAGUUGCCUGUCCAGCCCGGAGGGGGGUGGCGGUGUGGAGGAGAAGGAUUUCAGUAUCCUGAGGAUAGAAGCACGGAACGGUGAUAACUUGCUUCUCAGGCGUCCAGGACUUAGAUGCAUUUUGAUGCAAACAUGCAUUUCCGAACGUUGCUUGGAAAAUGGCAAUCAUCAGCGAGAGCUAUUGCAUCAAUACAUCAGUGACUGCCAA